GGCAUAAGAUCCACUAUCUUCUUGGAAUCAAUCCUAACAGGGGGUGGUUGGGGUCUAUUUCGUGGAAUAUUUCGUAGAUUACGUCAGGGUAAUAAGGAAUAUCCUUAUCCAACCGACAAAACAUCCACUCGGCUCUGCUCAUAGUAUCUUCAGAAACCUCGGGAAUAGGCUUACCGGUAAUUUUAGACAAAAGAAAAUAUUUCCAACGUGAAAUAGCGACCUGCUACAAGAAAAAAUAAAUCGCCAUCAAGUUCAAGGAAAUAACAAUGGCAUCUCUUUUAUACGGAGAAUUCUGUCUCAUUUAUAUGGCGGGAGAAAUUAAAACCACAGUUUGUUUUAUGCCGCCUAGCAAGAAAACAACGAGAACGGAGUUCGUGCUCUAAUUGAUGGUCGUCCUGAAGUUAAUAUGACUGAUAAAUAUGAAAGUAAACCUUUGUGUUAUGCCGUCCAACAAAGAAGCGAGAGUGUGGUUCUUGCACUGACUGAUGCUGGUGCUGAUGUCAAUAUCACUGAUGAAUAUGGUAAAACAGCUUUGUUUGAUGCCGUCCAGCAAACUAACAACGAGAGUGCGGUUCGUGCACUGAUCGAUGCUGGUGCUGAUGUCAAUAUCAUUGAUAAAUAUGGUAAUACUGCUUUGAUUAAUGCCGUCCUGCAAAGGAACGAGAGUGUGGUUCGUGCACUGAUUGAUGCUGGUGCUGAUGUCAAUAUCAUUGAUAAAUAUGGUAAAACUGCUUUGUUUUAUGCCGUCCAGCAAAGUAACAACGAGAGUGUGGUUCGUGCACUGAUCAAUGCUGGUGCUGAUGUCAAUAUCACUGAUGAAGGUGGUAAAACUGCUUUGUUUUAUGCCAUCCAGAAAGGUAACGAGGUUGUGGUUUGUGCACUGAUUGAGGCUGGUGCUGAUGUCAAUAACACUGAUAAACAUGGUAAAACUGCUUUGUUUUACGCCGUCCAGCAAAGUAACAUGGGUGUGGUUCUUGCACUGAUUGAUGCUGAUGCUGAUGUCAAUAUCAUUGAUAAAUAUGGUAAAACUGCUUUGUUUUAUGCCAUCCAGCAAAGUAACGACGAGAGUGUGGUUCGUGCACUGAUUGAUGCUGGUGCUGAUGUCAAUAUCACUGAUAAAUAUGGUAAAACUGCUUUGUUUUAUUCUGUCCAGCAAAGUAACAUGGGUGUGGUUCGUGCACUGAUUGAUGCUGAUGCUGAUCUCAAUAUCACUGAUGAAUAUGGUAAWACUGCUUUGUUUUAUGCCAUCCAGCAAAGUAACGACGAGAGUGUGGUUCGUGCACUGAUUGAUGCUGGUUCUGAUGUCAAUAUCACUGAUGAAUAUGGUAAAACUGCUUUGUGUUAUGCCGUCCAGCAAAGUAACGACGAGAGUGUUGUUCGUGCACUGAUUGGUAGUGUAGGUUGCAAAGAUAUUUAUGGCAGAACUGCACAUUUUUACGUCAACUUGGAAUAUUCAUCGUUAUUAAGAUGCCUUCUUGAGGCCGAAGGUAGUCGAUAUUUGAAGUUGAAGGAUAACUGUAAUGUAGAUAUUGUGUCAUUUCAUAUUGAAAAAUGGGUGUCAAGUACAGGGAUAUCUUUGCAUCAUUUCAAGGAUGAAAUCCUGGAUGUUCUUGCACAAAAUGGAAUUAAACAAGAACAUUUUGCUAAGGCAAUAGUAAACGUUAUAUUUUUAAAAUUUAUAGGCGGUUUUUUCGGGCCCAUCUUUCCUUCAAUAAAGCGGGUUAUAAGUUUAGGAGAACUUUAUUGUGAAUAUAUUGCUGAUAAGAGUUUGGAAAUGAAAGCGAAAGUGAAGAGAAUUUUCACGGGGUUGCUGGCGUAUGAUCUUCUAGAUAUAUCAGAAGCUCUCGAGUUACUCGUGGAAUUGGAUGUCGAUCCAGACAGCUCUGACUCAGAUGGGAACACAGUUCUUCACCAUGCAACCCGUUUACCAUUGUUGGGUGUACCUCAGGAAACAGUGUUGUAUUUCCUCAACCAGUUGGAAAGAUUUCAAGUACAAUUUAACAAAAGAAACCAUCRACAUCAAACACCCCUUUUGUUUUGUUUGUCCGCGGACAUGCAUAAGUUAACAGAURAAGCUUUUUCAUCAGCAGUCAAGACCCUGGUACAAGUCUGUAUAUUUCUAGUGAAACAGGGGUGCAAUACGAAUGAAACUUCAAAAAGUGGAGAGUCUGUUUUCCAUUUGAAAAUCAUGCUUUUUGAGAGAUGUUUGAACGUGAAAGAUGAGGCAAUAAGAGAGGACGUCCUACAAGAAGCUAUCGAGCUUCUACAGUUAAUUCCUCCUUGGAAAGUAGCAAUAGAAAACACCAUUAWCAAAGCUGAUUGCUUUAAUAACUCUCCACUACACCUUUGGGCAUCGCUUUCCUUACCAUCAUCUCAAGAUUACAUGAAAGGUGUCUCUAGAGAAGUUCMCACAUUCAAGGAACGCUUAGACGAAAUUCUAAAGUACCUCCUAAAAUGCGGAGCAAAGGUCAAUGCCAGAAAUGAUAAUGAUGAAACUUCCCUACAUUUGUGCAAAACAUGGACCGCUGUGAAGUUGUUGUUAGGUGCUGGAGCAAACCCAAAUGAUGUGGAUUCAUCAGGGCGUUCACCUCUCCUUGUUGCAGCUAAGCUGAAAAACUUUCGUUUAAAACCGGAUUAUUUUUAUCCUGAUGUUACAGAAGACCCAGAAGCCUUUUGGAGAAGUGCUCUCGAAAAAGGACUUGAUCCAUGGACAGCUGACAAGCUGGGCGAGUCUGUUUUGAGUGUUCUCAUUCAAUCAGAAGCUUUUAUUCUUGCUAGAGCGUUGGUUGAAGUUGCUUGCAAGGAAAACUACGCUACAAAUGAAGUCAAGCUUUCGUUUUUAAAUGUCAUUUGUAAAGAUGAAUCUCGGCAUACACAUUGGAAGACCAUUUUGGUGGAAGUCAUCCUUAAAUCAGCUAAUAAGAGUUAUCUUUCUUUGGAUUCACCACUUCGUCUUUGCUGUGAAAACAUUAAAAAUGGUAGGUUUGAUGAGAAGCCAGAUUCUUUUCAGCAAAAUCAAAAAGACGAGUCAAGCAAUGGUGAUGGGCAACCACCCUCAAAGAAAAGAAGAAAAGACAAGUCAUCAAAGAGAGAGGAAGAAAAAGAAGAGCCAAAGGAAGAACAAGUGACUAAUGAUUCUGUUCACUGUAAAAUUGCGAAACAGCUUCUUUCGUAUGACUCGUCUUCUGGGAAGUCUUGCCACGACAUUGCAAAAGAUUGCCCCUAUCUUGAAGAUCUUCUGACGAAACCCAUAGAAAUCGAUAAAAUUCCAAUUCUUAUUCCUUGGACCUCCGUUUCUAAGAAAUAUAACGGCAUACUGGCCAAAGUUGCUAGGCGACAAGAGUKUAAAAUGGUGGAUCAAAUUUGGUACCACASAGACCCCAUAGGAAGKGGAUCGUUUGGUGAUAUUUUUGCUGGAAUCAAUGAGAAGGAUGGAAGAGAAGUGGCUAUAAAACGCAUCGUAAAAUCGCGUAUGCAGCAACCACAAGACAUGCGAGAAAUAUUAAAUCUCACCGCUCUUGCUGACUGUGAACAAGUUGUUCGUUAUUUAUCUUUCUUUGAAGAUGAACACUUCUCGUACAUAAUUUUGGAACUGAUGGAGGGAAAUCUGCAGGAGUAUCUUAGURGACCCACAACUGAUGCCACCCAAUCCACUCUUCUUUGUARAGAUGUAGUUAUGGGRUUAAAGUUUUUACAYKAAAAAAAKRUYCUUCAUCGCGACCUYAAGCCUCAAAAUAUUCUUUAUAAASKUCAUCCAAAACYGUGUUUGAAAAUUGCAGACUUUGGUUUAAGCCGUAUUAUUGAUAGCGUGCCUACCACAGCAUAUGGUACAAAGCCUGCACCCAUUUAA